AUGCACAGGGCUCCCUCACUAGGAUCCUCUGGGUCAUCACCUAGUAGUUCUCAAACUCAGUCCCAGACUCAACCGUGGUUAUCUUCUGGAACUCAAGGCAAACCUCCAUUGCCACCCCCUACUUUUCGGCCACAAGCGGGUCCCCAGUCAUUCCAGCCAAGGUCCAUCACCCAGCAACUUCAGAAUAACAUGUCUACCACCUCACAGCAGCAGCUAAUCGGCUCAAACCAACAGUCACCACAAUCCUCAGCCUCAGGCCAGCCACAGAACCAUUUUAACCCCCAAAUCCCGACUUCCAGGACUCAACAGUCUUUGCCUCAUCAACAACAGGUCUCAAGGGGCCCAGGAUCAGGAAUCCAAAGGCCCCCUAUUGGCUUGACCCAACCUGGGACAUCACAUUCUGGGGCCCCUAGCAAAACAAUGAGUGUCGACACAGACGAGUCUUCGAAUAGAAUCGUGAGCAAGAGAAGCAUUCAGGAAAUUGUGAAUCAGAUCGAUCCAUUUGAAAAGUUAGAUCCUGAGGUUGAAGAUAUUCUUGUCGACUUUGCUGAAGAUUUUGUGGAAUCAAAAAUCAACCACUUUGGAAGCAAAGGACAUCAUGCUACAUCUUG